AUGAGCACGAAUUUGAGCUUUUUCUGCCGCCGAUUCAUCUCGAAUCAAGCGUCGGCGCUGACGAAACGGCAAAAGUUCUACAAGGUAGCUUCGAAGGAUUUUUUUCGGAAAAUCAACGCCUCCUUAAAAAUAAUGAUUUGAAACGCCGAUUUUCAGGAGGUUUCGGUGGUGAAUGAGACGGACGAGCGGGGCGAACAGUUCCAUAAAAUUCUUCUCGAUCAUCGGACCCUGAAAACCCAAGGAGGACAGAUUCUCAAGGUUCUUUUGUUAAAACCCCAGUAUUUUGGGGGAAAACGGAAAAUUACAAGCGUUUAUUGA